AUGGAAUGCGAGUUUACUUUGAAGUUUACUUCUUAUGGUUUCAUCCAGUCAGUUCACGAUCAUUGUUUGUUUGUGAAACCAUCUUCUUCAGGUCUUAUGGCUUUACUCGUUUAUGUGGAUGACAUUCUCAUCAUAAGGCCUUUUAUUGCUGACUUACUCAAGUUAAGCACUAUCUUCACCAACUUAUUCACUAUCAAAGAUUUGGGGGAUGCGAGAUAUUUUCUUGGACUUGAAAUAGCCCGAAGUGCUUCAGGUCUUUACAUUGCUCAAACUAAAUAUAUAUUGGAUAUAGUAAACGACACUGGUCUACUUCAAGCAAAAUCUGCUUCGACUCCUUUUCCUUCAAGUUUAAAGUUGGCUGCAGGCUCUGAUUCUCUCUUCUCUCGCCCUGAUUCGUAUCGAAGAUUUGUUGGGCAAUUGCUCUAUUUGGGAUUUUCUCAACCGGAUAUUUCUUAUCCAGUACAGCAGCUCAACCAGUACCUUAAUCAACCUUGUGACUCACACUGGAAGGCUGCUUUGCAUGUGGUACGAUACCUUAAGGGAUAUCCCUCCAAGGGGCUUUAUUUUCCAGCAGCCAAUCCCUUUACUCUUCGUGCGUUCUGUGAUGUCGAUUGGGCAUCAUGUCUAGACUCUAGAUGCUCUUUUACUGGAUAUUGCAUCUUCCUUGGUGAUGCAUUGGUGUUUUGGAAAACCAAGAAACAAUCAACUGUUUCAAGGUCUACUGCAGAAUCUGAGUAUAGAAGCUUGACUUCGACGGCCGCAUUACAUAUAAUGGCGAAUCCCUUUUUCCACGAGCGAACUAAACACAUUGAAUUGGAUUGCCAUCUUGUUAGAGAUGCCUACAAGGAUGGCUUUGUUUCACAUUCCUUGUUCUUGGUUUUCUACAAUUGGCUGAUUUGGGUUUGGUCUCCUUCGAUCCCUGUCCCACUUGUGAGGGGGGCUGUUGGAGUUACUCACCUUCAGCAACCUGAAUUACAGCAGCAACAGUCUAUGCACUUGAAGAAGGAACAACAGCUUGAGGUUGAUGAUGAAGAAGGCGUUGGACUUUUAGAUACAGGGUGA